GCCACGGAGAUAAGCCACGCCCCCUUUUCGCAACUGCUUGCGAAAGACACAAAUGAACACAACUUGACUGGCGAAUAAACUGACACGAGGAUUCGCAACGCACAACUAUUCUCAAACGGAGAGGUCACCUAUACUGUAUAUAGUCUUGCACAGGAACACAUAGUCUACUGUGAGCUCGUAAAACCUGCGUAAGAGGAAUUUAAUUCAUAUUAAUUAAUUUCCUUGUGUCAAUCAAAGUCACCGGGCCAUGGCAUCGGGGAAUAACGUCAGAGAGUACACCCACUCACAGCAGAGGUCUUAGUUUGACGAGCAGGCAACACACUGACGUAGAUGUGAGCUCAUAAAAAGCCAUGUGAGCGCUGGAGGGACUUUAUUGAAUCUGCGCCUCGAGGAACAUAAACACACGAGAUGAUCUGGACCCUUUUUCUGCUUGGGCAAGCUGUCCUCUUUUACUUUAUUCUCACACACAGAUCGAGAUCCAAGAGGGAUCCUCCUCUAGAUAAAGGAGUUAUCCCAUGGUUAGGCCAUGCACUUGAGUUUGGAAAAGAUGCUUUCAAGUUCUUGAACCGAAUGAAGCUGAAACACGGUGACAUUUUCACAGUACGUGUUGCUGGACGUUAUGUGACGGUGCUGCUGGAUCCGCACUCGUACGACACAGUCAUCAAAGACUCCGACUCCCUGGACUUUAAUCGCUAUGCACAGGUGCUCAUGGAGAGGAUUUUCAACCUCAGGCUCCCAUGUCACCAGGCGGUUAAAGCUAAAGCAAUAAUGAAGAAGCACUUCAUGGGAGUGAAUUGUGCUGCCCUGAAUAGCACCAUGAGCAGACACCUGAAGGCCUCGCUGACAGCUGAAAUGCUUCAGAACCAGAAAGACUGGAAAGAGGAAGGACUGUUCAACUUUUCUUACAGCUUACUCUUCAAGGCGGGGUACCUGACGCUCUUUGGAGGAGAACAAAACAACAACAGCACAGAACCCUCGAGUGUCUAUGAAGAGUACAAGAAGUUUGAUGGUCUCCUAACCAAAAUGGCGAGGGGCACACUAAAGCCAGAGGAGAAGAGGACAGCCCAGAGUGUUCGGCAGAGGCUGUGGGAGCUUCUGGCUCCAGCAGGUCUGACUGAGCACUCGGGGUCGAGCCCUUGGCUUCACGACUACAGGCGGCUCCUGCAGGAGGAGGGGGUCAAUGAAGAGAUGCAGAAGAAAGCAGUACUGAUGCAACUUUGGGCCACGCAGGGUAAUGUUGGUCCUGCUGCGUUCUGGCUCUUGGGCUACUUAUUGACAAACCCUGAAGCUCUGACAGCGGUGAAAAGGGAGUUCAGCGGGAUCUCAAUGAUGGAAACCUCAGAUACCUCAUCACCGGACAGACUUAAGGACACACCUGUGUUUAAUAGCGUCUUGGAAGAGACACUUAGACUCACUGCUGCCCCUUUCAUUACCAGAGAAGUGGUGCAGGAAAAGACCCUUCACAUGGCUGAUGGCCAAGAGUACCUGCUACGGAAAGGAGACAGAGUGUGUUUGUUCCCCUUCAACAGCCCUCAAAUGGACCCUGAAAUUCACCACGAGCCACAGAAAUACAAGUAUGAUCGGUUCCUGAAUCAAGACGGAUCAGUGAAGAAAGAUUUUUACAAAGGAGGGAGACUGCUGAAAUAUUACACCAUGCCAUGGGGCGCAGGGACCAAUGGCUGUUUGGGAAAGCAGUUUGCCAUCAAUACAAUUAGACAGUUUGUUUACAUGGUGUUGACUAACUAUGAUUUGGAGCUGUGUGACCCAAUUGCUCAGAUGCCGGAGGUAAUCGCCAGUCGUUAUGGAUUUGGGAUACUACAACCGGAGGGGGACUUGCUUGUCAGAUACAAACCUAUAAACUAGGUGUUUAAAAACAAGCAAAUACACAUGUCAGUUAUGCACUUCAACACAUGCAUUUUGUUUAUAGUGUCAAUAUGCCCUUUUUACUUUUUUAUUCUCUAUUUAUAUGAUAGUAUAUCAUUAUUUUGUUAUUUAUCAAUAAAUGUAAAUAAUACAA